UUUAGACCAACAUUUAACUUAUUUCAUCUUCGGUCGCUCAAUUUGCAAUGAGUGUUCGCCGGAUAAGUAAAAAGUUCAGUGUACAGUCUGUCGAGGCCUCAGAAUUGAAAGGUGCAAAGUUUUCACUCUUAGGAGAGUCUACUGAGGCAUAUGCUGGGAUCCCGACGGAAGUUGUUGAUGAGGAUAUCGAAGCUGAAGAUGAAGACAAUACACAACUCAAUCUUUUCGAGGAAGAUGAUAAGACAUUGCCUCCGAUGAGUAACUGGUUUGGUAAGCUGGCAGCUUACACUGGUGGAAUAGAGCCAACUGUAGGUGAAACUAAACAACUGAAAGAAAAACAAACAAAGUCAAGUGAUAACAAACGUUUGGGGACUAUAUUGGGUGUUUUUCUACCAUGCUGUCAAAAUAUAUUCGGCAUCCUAUUAUUUGUUCGAGUUGGAUGGAUAACAGGCGUGGCAGGCGCGUUUCAAACGUUCCUGAUAGUACUUCUGUGCUGUAGUUGCACUAUGCUCACUGCCUUAAGUAUGUCUGCAAUUGCAACAAACGGGAAAGUUCCUGCCGGCGGAUCAUAUUUCAUGAUAUCACGUUCGAUUGGCCCUGCUUUUGGUGGAGCAGUUGGUAUACUUUUCUAUCUCGGUACUACAAUAGCGUCUGCUAUGUAUCUAGUAGGAGCUGUGGAAGUAUUUCUAAAAUAUAUAUGUCCCCAGGCAUCGUUAUUUGGAGACAUUACAUCAGAUGCUGCGCUAUUUAACAAUACACGUGUUUAUGGUACAAUACUUUUGUUUACUGUUAUGUGUUGUGUGUUCAUGGGCAUUCGUUUUGUUAGCCGAUUUGCUGCCGUCAGUUUGGCUGCUGUUUUGAUUUCAAUUUUAUGCGUGUAUUUAGGAGUUUUUACAGUGAAUCCAUCUAGAAGUCCUUAUGUUUGUGCAUUGGGUGGACGUUUAUUAAGUCAAGAUUUUAUCACUGUCAACGGUACUGCACAAUGUCAUAAAAAUACCACUGGUCCUAUUUAUGAAGCAUAUUGUAAUAAUCCUGAAAUAGCAACUGAGGAAUCAUGUGCAUUUUUUAACGCUAACAAUAUCAGUUAUUUUCCUGCUAUGCCUGGUUUAACUUCACAGAAGUUUUUCGAAAACUUUUUUGAAUCGCAUUACCGUGAAAAGGGAAAGGCAUAUGAUAAUAUUGAUUUUCCGGCGGAUCGUAAAUAUGGUCAAGGUUCAAAUAUAGCAGAUGUUACAUCAAGUUUUAUGCUUCUCUUGGGUAUUUACUUUCCCUCUGUCACUGGCAUCAUGGCUGGUUCUAAUCGAUCGGGUGAUUUGACUAAUCCUCAGAAAUCUAUUCCAAUGGGAACUAUAUUGGCUAUAACAAUGACGUCGCUUGUAUAUUUAUCAUCACCUUUAUUGUUUGCUGCGAUCUGUGAUGGCUCUGUUAUGAGAGAUAAAUUUGGUGAAAGUUAUGGUGGUAUAUUGUUGGUCGCUGCAUUUGCAUGGCCACAUUUUUGGGUUAUUCUAAUCGGAUCAUGUUUAUCAACAAUUGGAGCUGGUUUACAAUCGUUAACUGGAGCACCAAGACUUCUACAGGCCAUUGCUCAAGACAAUGUUAUGCCAUUCUUGGAUGUUUUCAAAGUGAUUACAAAACGUGGUGAACCAUUACGUGCACAACUACUAUGUUAUGGAAUUGCACAACUGGGUAUACUAAUCGCUUCAAUAGAUUAUCUAACACCUCUGAUAACCAUGUUCUUCUUGAUGUGUUAUGGUUUUGUAAAUUUGGCUACAAUGUUGAAUGGAUUCUUGAAAGAGCCCAGUUGGCGUCCACGAUUUCGAUUCUACCACUGGUUUCUCUCGUUUGUCGGAUUAUGUCUAUGUAUUGCUCUAAUGUUUAUAUCUAGUUGGUAUUACACUAUCGUCGCUUGGGCGUUAGCUUUUGCUAUUUACAAAUAUAUUGAAUUUAGAGGUGCUUCUAAAGAAUGGGGUGAUGCUACACGAGGUUUACAAAUGUCCACAGCAAAAGAAGCUAUUUUAAAACUUGGUAAUAAACCAAUUCAUACAAAAAAUUGGCGACCGCAAAUUUUAGUUUAUUUACCAUUGGAUGAAAAUUUCCAGGCACGUCAUGAUCGUCUAUUAGAUUUAGUUUAUCAAUUAAAAGCUGGACAUGGUUUAACAUUAGUGGCAUCGAUUUUAGAAGGUGAUAUUAUCGACAGACGUAAUGAUAUGAUUGCUGCUAAAGCUCAUUUAAGUGAUCUUAUUCAAGAACAUCGUAUUAAAGGUUUAGCUGAAGUUCUCGUCGCUUCUACUAUUGAUGAAGGCAUGAAAAAUAUGGCACAAUGUGCUGGUCUUGGGAAUUUACGUCAUAAUACACUUAUGGUGUCAUAUCCUGAAGAUUGGAGAGUCGACUGUAAAAGUAGCGGAAGUAAAUUGUCUAAAUUUAUAUCAACAUUGAGAGCUGCACAAGCAUGUGAUAUAGCAAUGCUAGUGCCUAAAGGAAUAGAUUCGUUUCCUUUGAGCAAAGGAAAUCAAAUGAUUGGAAAUGUUGAUGUUUGGUGUAUCGUACAUGAUGGUGGUCUGCUAUUGUUAACAUCAUAUUUGCUAAUGCGUAAUCGUGUAUGGCGUAAAUGUCAUUUACGCAUUUUUGUGGUGGCUACUGAGGAGGACGAUAUUGUGAAUCUGAAGAAGGAUAUGACCAAGUUCUUGUACGAUUUGAGAAUUAACGCUUCUGUGGAAGUCGUAGCAAUGAGUACCGCUGAUAUAUCAGCUUAUGUCGCUCAACGAACAGCUAGUAUUGAACAGCGUCGUGCACUUUUGAUGCAAAUGAAAAUAUCCACUGUUGAAGCACGUUGUGAUCCUCAACUUAUUGUUGACCAACAUCGUAAACCUAGUUCAGCUGAUAUUAAUCCAGCAGAUAUUGUCAAAUCGAAUUGUUCUAUUGAUUCUCAUAAACUUUUACCGGCUAUAUCAGCUACAUCAACUGAAAGUUCAGAUCAGUCACCGGAUCAUGCAACAAAUGUAACAAACACCAGUAGUAGCGAUUCUGCUUCCAAAGAAGAUACCAAACCAUCAAAUUUGAAACCAGAUACUGAAUCGAAUGAUAAACCUAUUUCAAAUCAUUCACAUCAUUGUACUGUAUCAUUUGCAACUGGUUCAAAUGUUGCAGUUAGUGAGUCUGAUAAAUCUACUAAUCCCAAAGAAAAUGAUGCAAAUUCAGAAUUGAAUCGUGGUAUUAAUGAAUUUACUUUUUCACCUUCAAAUCCAUUGACUAAGUUAGUUCAAAAAGCUGCAAGAGAAGCAGGUUCUAAAGAAGAGCAUUUAUUGAAUAAAGCCCAUCCAGGAAGAAUGUAAGUUUUUAUAUUACUAUGUAAAUCAUAUUGUAUUAAACAUCUUGACAAAAUUACUUUUUCUUAACUAAAAUUCACAAUAAUAAAUAUAUGUUCGUUACAUCCCAAUGAGUGGAAAAUUAUAUUUCUGAAGUUUCGUAACUCAAUGUAAGCCACUCCAUUUUUUUUAUUUACUCUGUACUUACUUAUUAUUAACUUUCUGUUCAAUGCUCAAUUUAUUUGAAAUUAUCAAGUCCAACCUUGGUAUUGAUACCUAAAAUUUACAAUAAUAUUCAACUGUUUUAUAUUAUACGAUCCAUAGUUCAUUGAGACGAAUUGUGUAUAAAUUAUUUGAUAAACUGAUAUUUCCAUCUACUCUAAAAAGAGAUUAAAACUUCAAAAAAAAGUACGAUUUCUCUGAAUUGAUGAACAUUAAAAUUAUCAGUGUAUGGACUGUUGAUCGUAAUAAUUGUUAGUACUGACUAAAACAAAAUUCAGUUCCGUUACUGUUUUAUUUAUGAACAUAUGUAAGAAAAAUAAUUGUAUAAAAUAAAGAUAAUCCUGUUUUCGUAGUAGUUAUCGCUACACAUUGCGAAAGAUUGUAAGCUUCGGAUAAUGUAAUACACAGAAUAGUUAAAAAUAGUUACGGAAGAACAACAUAAAUUCUAGAGUUGUAUAUUUCCAUUUACUGUUAGUUCUAAAUUACUGACAUGUAACUACCAUUACUUCAGCAAUGUAUUAAAGCAGCAUCAGUGUGUAUGUACAAAUUGACCAGGUUUUGUCACUGCAUUCGAAGUAUCAGUAGUGUUAUGUUUUAUGGGUCAAAUAGUUUGAUUGAAGAUCGCCUACAUGAUGAAGGUGCUAAUGAUAUUGCCCAAAAUGACAAUGAACCCUUUAUAAUUGAACCGUCUAGUACAAAGAACACAAUAUCAUCAAAGCACCCAUGUGACCUGCAAAUACUCUCUAUAAUUUCAACAAUUAAAAUAUUUUAACAACUAACUGAAUUACUAGAAACGGAUAUGGACCCAAUACCUAUACACAACUAGUGUUGAUUAUUGAGAACCGCGAAAUACAACUUUAAACGACAAUCCUACAAAUGAACUUCGCUAUCUUUUCCCACACAGGGAAAUUAUUUUAUUAAAUAGUCAUUAUUCGCCUUUUCUAUUUUGUAGUUUCGUUUUCCAUUCGGAACUGUUAAGUAAAUUUUUGGGUCCACUAUUCUUCACAAACCGAUUUCUUACAGUUUUGUCAGCUUGCACAUAAUUCAAUACAUUUUACAAUCAUUUAUCUGUAAUACUGUAAAAAAAUUUACAUUAACAUUAGUUUCGCUUCGGCCUUGUUUAAAUAAAUAAAUCCCGCUAGAUUAUUGUAAACUGUUUAACUUUAUGCUCUUUAUAAUCUUUCUUUAUCCCAGAACUAGAACUCAACGUCGCUUACACUGUGCUGUACGUUUAAAUGAAUUGUUACGCACUCACUCCAGUGAAUCAGACUUAGUCAUUGUGAAUAUGCCUGGACCAUCACGUACUCUAGGAAGUGAAUAUUAUUACAUGGAUUAUAUUGAAACAUUAACUGACGGCUUACCACGUAUUUUAUUAGUACGUGGAACAGGACGUGAAGUGAUUACUGCAUUUUCUGAAUAAAUAUUAAUAAUUCCAAAUUUUCUGUGUUUGUAUGCUGAUUAUCCUCUUGUUAAUGAUAUGAAGCACAUUUUCGUGAAACAAAAAACAUAAUCUAGUUGUAAAACAUGUCAAGUAUUUGCUUCGCUCACAAUUAUAUCAUUCUGUUUAUUCUCAUAAAUUUUAUCCUUAAAACUCAAACUGCUGUUCCUUUCAAAACUGUCAUAGUUUGUUAUAUUGUUCAGUGUUUAUUUUGAUUAGUUCUACUAUUCAUUUUAAUUUUAGUUACAUAUAUAAUUAUUCAUUUAUUCGACUGACUGAUCAAUUUCCUGAAAUAUCUUUAAUUUGCAGAUCAUCCUUUUCCUGUAUUCAAACAGAUACUGUAAGUGUAUUCUCGUGAGAUGUUUAGGUUUUCAUGCUGAAUCUAAUCUCACAUUCAUACUGCUGAAACUUAUUAUUGUCCAUAAUUCAAGUGUAAUACUGAUAAAGAAAAAUGAGAUGAAAACUUAAAGAUUAAGCUUUGUUACCUUUUAUCCUAAAUAACAAUAAUAAUACUAAUGGUGACAAUUAAGUCAACAUUACUUCUAAUUCUCAGUUUGACCUGUUUAUGAUUGUGCAUUGUUUCAUUGUGCUUAGAUUCUACAUUGAAAUAACAUUGACAUUGAAAUAACCAACUGUUUCUCUUAUGUUCUGUCGUUUUCUUUAAAUAAUCUGUUCAGUUACCACCCUUCACUUUGUAUCCCCUUUGUAUCAACUAAUCGUUAUGGAAUUAGUUUAAUAGCUUCUUUGCAAGAGAAACCACAUGUUGGGAGACUAAAGAUGGCAGCUGUGUUUCGUUAGUUUUAUUUUUCACAGCUUAUCUUUCCUCGAUCGCGCCUUUUCUUUCUCUUUUGGUAUAUUUAGUCAAAUUGUUACAAAUAUUAUUCAACGUCUUCUGUAGAUUCAUUGUAUUAUCUUGUAACAGAUACAAAACCAACUAACGUGUAUCGUAAUUAAAACCUAUGGUGAAAACAGAACUCUUCACAUCUAAUAUCAAUAAUUCUUGAUAAUCCUACCUCACGUUUCUUUAGUUGUGCACAGUUUCAAUCAGUUAAACAUGAACCACAAACCUCUUAAAAUCAGUUGAAUUUUGUUGUCUUCUGUAAUGAUACUCUUCAUAAUGAAUGUUUGUAUUAUUCCGUAAUAGUACAAUAUGCAUAGAAUGUAGUACUAUAUAUAUAUUAGUCGCUUGUUUAGUUCACUAAUAUAAACCUGUAGAAUAUUUGAAGAGUUAACAAUUUAGUAAAUUGCUAUCCUUAACUUUAUAAUUAAGAAUAAAUGUAUGUGUGUAUACAGUCUCAUAUCUUAUUUUCCUUCUACUACUUGUUAUUUAUUCACACAUACGCGACAUCAGUAUACUUCUUUCUCAGUAAAGUAAAACCAUUUUGUUUUAUUACAAUAUAGUUUUUAUCCUUUUAAAAUUAAUCCUUUUGUACUGUAUUCAGUUUUUUGCUAUAGUUUCAAUGUAUUACUCAAAACGUUUGUUAACACUAUAAAUUGUUAUUCGAAUUUUGAAGUAAACGCUCUUCAUAUGACUCAUACGUUAAAUAUAAAUAUUUACCAAUUU